GAUCGCUGUCGCGUUCCAACUACCGGGCGGCUGGCACCUCAGGGCAGUAUCGGGGUCUCGUGCGUGAGGGGGUGAUAUUCUGCUUAACUACGACCCUAAAAGAAAUACUUCGGUGUAUAAAAUACACACAUAUACGUGUACAGUGAUGGAGGACAUGGCGGGCACCAGAGUUUUUAAGAAGUCAAGCCCUAACUGUAAGCUGACAGUCUACCUGGGGAAGAGAGACUUCAUAGACCACCUGAAUCACGUGGACCCUGUGGAUGGUGUGAUCCUGGUGGACCCAGACUACUUGAAAGACAGGAAAGUGUUUGUGACCCUGACAUGCGCAUUCCGGUACGGGCGCGAGGACCUGGACGUAUUAGGCCUGUCCUUCAGGAAGGACCUCUACAUCUCCACCUUCCAGGCCUACCCAGCACUGUCUGAAGAGCCAUACAGCCGCUUGCAGGAGAAGCUACUGAAGAAGCUGGGUCAACAUGCACAUCCCUUCCAUUUCACUAUUCCACAGAAUUUGCCAUGUUCAGUCACACUACAGCCUGGCCCAGAGGACACAGGAAAGGCAUGUGGGGUCGACUUUGAGAUUAGAGCUUUCUGCGCCAAAUCAGCGGAGGAAAAAAUUCACAAAAGGAACUCUGUUCGGCUGAUCAUCAGGAAGGUGCAGUAUGCUCCAGAGAUUCCUGGGCCCCAGCCUAUGGUGGAGACGACCCGUAGCUUCCUCAUGUCUGACCACUCCCUGCACCUGGAGGCUUCGCUGGACAAGGAGCUGUACUACCAUGGAGAGCCUGUUAAUGUCAAUGUCCACGUCACCAAUAACUCUACCAAGACUGUCAAAAAAAUCAAAAUAUCCGUGCGGCAGUAUGCAGAUAUCUGCUUGUUCAGCACAGCGCAGUACAAGUGUUCCGUAGCUCAUGUCGAGGCUGAUGACCAGGUGUCUUCCAGCUCCACCUUCUGCAAGGUGUACACCUUAACCCCUACAAUGAGCAAUAACCAGGAAAAGCGAGGCCUGGCUCUAGACGGCAAGCUGAAGCAUGAGGACACCAACCUGGCCUCCAGCACCAUAGUGAAGGAUGUACCCAACAAGGAAGUCCUGGGAAUUCUUGUGUCGUAUAGGGUCAAAGUCAAACUGGUGGUGUCACGAGGAGGGGACGUUGCUGUGGAGCUGCCUUUUGUCUUGAUGCACCCAAAGCCCUCAGACCUUCCCAGCAUCCCCCCACAGACAGCUGUGCCUGACAAAGAUCUGGCCAUCAGCCCCAACCUGAUAGAGUUUGAGAGCAGUAAUUUUACUCAGGAUGAUGACUUUGUGUUUGAGGACUUUGCCCGCUUGCGUUUGAAGCGAAUAAAGGACAAGGAUGGUGACAAUCACAUUUGCUGAAGCCAGAUUCCCCGACUCCUCAAUGAGCCAUGUCUGGUAUGGAUACCAUGGUCAAUGCAUAACUCUACGGUUAAGGAUUGUUGGAAAAGACACAGCACCCCUCCGCCAUCCAUGUGUGAACUUUAAAGACUGAGUUAUUAUAUAUUUCAGUAUUUUGUGCUGAUAGCCUAGAGCAGUGUUUCCCAGCCUGUCCCUCAGGGACUCACAGACAGUCCACAUUUUUGCUCCCUCUGAGCUCCCUAAUAGGAGCAAAAACAUCGACUGUCUGGGGGUCCCUGAGCACAAGGUUGAGAAACACUGUCCUAGAAGGAAUAUCAUUGUCCGUGUUUACAUUCAGUGACAGAGUUAGAUGGACCUCAGUUUGUUGCAGUAUUUCUUUUCUACUUGUCAGGUUAAGUUUUGUUUUACAAAACAUUUAUGCUUGUGUGUCAGUGAGGAAUGAAACCUGGGUUUUAACACUGACAAAGACCUGCACAUCUAAGGGCAUGUGCACACAUACAGAAUCUUUGCUCAGCCAGUACUCACAAGCCUAACUUUGAAUGGCAAUAGUGCAGACAUUUUAAAGUAAUUUUCACCCGAGUCUUUUUGUUACCUGUAUAUAAAUAUAACUAGGAUUCCAUUUUCAGCCA